AUGCUUCUUGCCGCGCUGAAAGCAGCGGGUCCUGCCGUCCGGCCUGCUUUGCGUCCUGCUACCGCUUUUCGCUCACUCUCUACUACGCUCCGCGUCGCAUCCGGUCAUGGUCCCAAAGCUCCUUCCCUGUUUGGACCCGGAGGAAAGGUUGGCGAAGUGCCAACCGACUUGGAGCAAGCAACCGGUCUUGAGCGAUUCGAGCUCCUAGGAGAAAUGGAGGGUAUAGAUGUCUUCGACGAAACUCCGCUCGACUCUAGCCGCGUUGGAACGAAAAAAAACCCCAUCAUGGUUCUGUCUAAUGACCCAUUGCGUGUAAUUGGAUGCACCGGAAGUCCUGCCGACUCUCAUGAUAUCAUUUGGCUCAACUUGACCAAAGAGAGACAGCGUUUCUGCACGGAAUGCGGUUCAGUCUAUCAAUUAGACUACCAGGGCGAGGAGGAGGAAGCACACCACCACUAA